UAUUGCUAUUCAAUCCAGAGGAGAAUCUCGAGCGAUUUGGGGUCUUUUUUUUUUUUUUUUCUUAUUUGUUGGCUUUUGGGGGGUUUGGGGACCCCCGACUGCUUCGGACUCCCGAGGACCUUCUAGGCUCCCCCCACAUUAAUGAGGCAGCCACCUGGCGAGUCUGACAUGGCUGUCAGCGACGCUCUGCUCCCGUCCUUCUCCACCUUCGCAUCCGGCCCGGCGGGAAGGGAGAAGGCACUGCGUCCAGCAGGUGCCCCGAAUAACCGCUGGCGGGAGGAGCUCUCCCACAUGAAGCGCCUGCCCCCCGUGCUCCCCGGCCGCCCCUACGACCUGGCGGCCACCGUGGUCGGCGAGCUGGACGGCGGAGCAGCGGGCACGGCCUGCGGCGGCGCCGGCAACCCGGCUCUCCUGCCCCGGAGGGAGACGGAGGAGUUCAACGACCUCCUGGACCUGGACUUCAUCCUCUCCAACUCGCUGUCCCAUCAGGAGCCGGUGGCGGCCACGGUGUCGUCGUCGGCGUCCGCCUCGUCGUCGUCGUCCCCGGCGAGCAGCGGGCCGGCCAGCGCGCCGUCCACCUGCAGCUUCAGCUACCCCAUGCGGGCGGGGGGCGAGCCGGGCGGCGGCCUCCUGUACGGCCGGGAGUCCGCGCCCCCGCCCAGCGCCCCCUUCAACCUGGCGGACAUCAACGACGUGAGCCCUUCGGGGGGCUUCGUGGCCGAGCUGCUGCGGCCCGAGCUGGACCCGGUGUACAUCCCCCCGCAGCAGCCGGCGCCGCCAGGGGGCGGGCUGAUGGGCAAGUUCGUGCUCAAGUCGUCCCUGAGCGGCCCGGGCAGCGAGUACGGCCCGUCGGUCAUCGGCGGCGGCAAAGGCAGCCCGGACGGCAGCCACCCGGUGGUGGUGGCGCCCUACAGCGGGGGCCCCCCGCGGAUAUGCCCCAAGAUCAAACAGGAGGCCGCCGUGUCCUCCUGCACCGUGGGCAGGCCCCUGGAGGCCCACCUGGGCACGGGACCCCCGCUCAGCAAUGGACACCGGCCGCCCGCGCACGACUUCCCCUUGGGGCGACAGCUGCCCAGCAGGACUACCCCGACCCUGAGUGCUGAGGAGCUGCUGGGCGGCCGGGAGUGCCACCCUGCCCUGCCGCUGCCCCCCGGUUUCCAUCCGCACCCGGGGCCCAACUACCCGCCCUUCCUGCCCGACCAGCUGCAGCCACAGGUCCCGCCGCCGCUGCACUACCAAGAGCUCAUGCCACCGGGUUCCUGCAUGCCCGAGGAGCCCAAACCAAAGAGGGGGAAGAGGUCGUGGCCCCGGAAAAGGACAGCCACGCACACCUGCGACUACGCGGGCUGCGGCAAGACCUACACAAAGAGUUCUCAUCUCAAGGCGCACCUGCGGACCCACACGGGUGAGAAGCCAUACCACUGUGACUGGGACGGCUGCGGGUGGAAAUUUGCCCGCUCAGACGAACUGACCAGGCACUACCGUAAACACACCGGGCACCGUCCCUUCCAGUGCCAGAAAUGUGACCGGGCAUUUUCCAGGUCGGACCACCUCGCCUUACACAUGAAGAGGCACUUUUAGAUCCCAGAUAGUGGAUAUGACCCACACUGCCAGAAGAGAAUUCAGUAUUUUUUUUUUUUUUUUUUAACCUUUCACACUGUCUUUCCUGAGAGGGGAAGAGCCCAGCACUACAAUCAUGGUCAAGUUCCCAAGGAGAGCAUUCGUGAAUGGAUAAUCAGGAGACAUGAAACCAAAAGAAAUCAAAGAACAGGCGGGGGGGAAGUCUGUGACUGGAUCUUCUAUCAUUCCAAUUAAUUCAGAAUCCAACUUGAAUAUUCCUGGACUUACAAAACGCCAAGGGGAGGGGGGGGCGGUGACUGAAAGUUGUGGAUAUCAGGGUGUUUAAUCAGAUCCGUGAGACUGGGGAGGGAAGACCAGAAUUCCCUGGAAUUUUGUUGGUGCAAUAUGACUAUUGCACCUUCUUUGCCUUCUAAAAGCCAUUAUUAUAUCAGAAGAAGAGGGAGAAAUUCAGGUACAGAAAAUGUGUUUUAAAUAACUUAAAACGAUGGUGCUUGGUGAGUCUUGGUUCUAAAGGUACCAAACACGGAAGCCAAAGUUCUCAAACUGCUGCAUAUUUUGACAAGGAAAUCUAUUUUUGUCUUCCGAUCUACACUUAUGACCUAAGUCAGGUAAAUACACCUGGUUUACUUAAACAAUUUUAUGCAGACAGUCUGUUAUGCACUGUGGUUUCAGAUGUGCAAUAAUUUGUACAAUUGUUUAUUCCCAAGUAUGCCUUAAGCAGAACAAAUGUUUUUUUUUCUAUAUAGUUCCUUUGCCUUAAUAAAUAUGUAAUAUAAAUUUAAGCAAACUUCUAUUUUGUAUAUUUGUAAACUACAACGUAAAUGAACAUUUUGUGGAGUUUGUAUUUUGCAUACUCAAGGUAAGAAUUAAGUUUUAAAUAAACCUAUAAUAUUUUAUCUGAA